GGAAUCCCGGUCAGUUAUUGUACAUUGUAGUUGAUUUUUAAAUUCAUUUUAUGCGUUUGCUUAUAACAAUGUUAUGUGUGAUUUUUUACAUGAGACUUUUGGCGAUUUCAAAGGCUUAUGUUAACGUUGCCCUCAAUAAACCAGCAUACCAACAGUAUCCAUUGAUACCAGGUAACGACAUAUUUGACGCCAGUAACGCUGUGGACGGACGUAAAUCUGAUCUGGAGAUUAAUUCUGGUCAAUGUGCUGCAUCAUAUGGCAGACAAACCGCCACCUGGUGGGUGAACCUGACUAGGAUCCACAGUAUCCAUCACAUCACUAUUUACUUCAUGACGAACAAUGACGAUUCCGCGUUUCGGGCGUACAUAGCAAAGGGUUUACUUGGAUUUUCUGUGUAUGUCUCCAAUACCACGGAUAGAUCACAGGGAACGUUGUGUUUUAAGGACGAUAACUUCACAAUAAAGACAAUGCCUCCUGUCUUCACAACAGACUGUUUUGUCCAUGGACAAUAUGUCAUCUACUACAACGAGAGACUACCAGGAGUUGUCUACCCUGACGGUUAUUAUAGUUCUGUUGCCAGUUUUCUGUGUGAAGUAGAAGUGUAUGGAUGUCCAGUAACAGGGUUUUACGGAUCUAACUGCUCCAUUCCCUGUCCUGAUGUCAACUGUCAGUACUGUCACAUAGAGACCGGCUAUAGCCAGUGUUGUAAACCUGGAUACCUAGGCCAUCACUGUGAAUUAGUGUGUUCCUCAGGAUCCUAUGGUGCUGCAUGCAAUGCGACAUGUGGAAACUGUCAUGACGUAAACGAGUGUGACCAUGUUACUGGGACAUGUUUAACUGGAUGUAGUGCUGGUUAUAUGGGAAAUUUAUGUAAAACACCUUGUCCUUCUGGGAUCUUUGGGCAAAACUGUUCGGAGAUAUGCAAGGACACCUGUACAGGAUGUAAUAAUGUCAAUGGUUUGUGUGACUUUGGAUGUAUCCCUGGUUGGACGGGUGACCUCUGCAAUAAAGUGUGUCCAUCAGGAUCCUAUGGUGCUGCAUGCAAUUUAACGUGUGGAAACUGUCAUGACGUAAACGAGUGUGACCAUGUUACUGGGGCAUGUUUAACUGGAUGCAGUGCUGGUUUCAUUGGAGAUUAUUGUAAAGCAACUUGUCUUUCUGGGUUUUUUGGACAAAACUGUUCGGAGAUAUGCAAAGACACCUGUACAGGAUGUAAUAAUGUCAAUGGUUUGUGUGACUCUGGAUGUAUCCCUGGUUGGACGGGUGACCUCUGCAAUAAAGUGUGUCCCUUAGGAUCCUAUGGUGCUGCAUGCCAUUUUACGUGUGGAUACUGUCGUGACGUAAACCAGUGUGACCAUGUUACUGGGACAUGUUUAACUGGAUGUAGUGCUGGUUAUAUGGGAGAUUUAUGUAAAACACCUUGUCCGUCUGGGUUCUUUGGACAAAACUGUUCGGAGAUAUGCAAGGACACCUGUACAGGAUGUAAUAAUGUCAAUGGUUUGUGUGACUUUGGAUGUAUCCCUGGUUGGACGGGUGACCUCUGCAAUAAAGUGUGUCCCUCAGGAUCCUAUGGUGCUGCAUGCAAUUUUACGUGUGGAUACUGUCGUGAAGUAAACCAGUGUGACCAUGUUACUGGGACAUGUUUAACUGGAUGUAGUGCUGGUUAUAUGGGCGAUUUAUGUAAAACACCUUGUCCUUCUGGAUUCUUUGGGCAAAACUGUUCGGAGAUAUGCAAAGACACCUGUACAGGAUGUAAUAAUGUCAAUGGUUCGUGUGACUCUGGAUGUAUCCCUGGUUGGACGGGUGACCUCUGCAAUAAAGAAUGUGUAAAAGGAUCGUAUGGCACUCGCUGUAAUGAAACAUGUGGAAACUGCCGCGAUGUAAACGAGUGUUCAAAUUUCAAUGGAACUUGUUUGACCGGAUGUGAUGCUGGUUUUGAAGGAAACUUAUGUAGAACAAGCUGUGCCAGCGGUUUAUACGGCGUUGAUUGCAAAGACAGUUGUGGAAACUGUCGUAAUAUUGACCAAUGCUUUCAUACAAACGGAACAUGCUUAACUGGAUGUGCUGAUGGUUACCAGGGGGACUUGUGUAAAACACCUUGCCCACUUGGUUUUUUUGGAAAAGACUGCAUUAAGAAAUGCACGGAAACGUGUCUAGGGUGUAUUAAUGUCAAUGGUUUAUGUGCUGCUGGGUGUCUUCCGGGCUGGAUAGGAAACUUUUGCGAUAAAGAGUGUCAUACAGGAUUUUUUGGCGUUUCAUGCAAAAAGACAUGCGGAAACUGUCAUGAUUUAAAACAAUGUGACCACACUAAUGGUACAUGCUUAACUGGAUGUGUGUCUGGUUAUAUGGGGGAUAUGUGUCAAAAACGUUGCCAACGUGGAUUUUUUGGACGAGACUGCUCUGAGAAAUGCAUCGACACAUGCAAUGGAUGUAAUGAUGUCAAUGGUCUGUGUGACUAUGGUUGUAUACCUGGCUGGAUAGGAUAUUUCUGCAAUAAAGAAUGUGACAAAGGAUCGUAUGGUUUUGAAUGUAAUGAAACAUGCGGACACUGUCGUGAUGUAAAACAAUGCUCCAAUGUCAAUGGCUCUUGCUUGACUGGAUGUGAUGCUGGUUUUAAUGGGGACUUAUGUAAAUCACGUGAGUAGACAAACACAAAGGCACAGACGAAACUAGCAACGUAUUUAUAUGAACAGAUUACUUUAAAAAUCAUACUAAAAAAAAAUAUGGUAUUUUUUUUUGGGAAUUACGCGAUGCGAUUACAAACGAGUAGUAAAGCCAUAAACAUAUUUACGUUUUACUUGCGGCAAACAUACAUUGUAAUAGCGUAAGUCAGUACUUCCGUAUAAAUGGAACAUGCUUUACUGUAUGAGACAAAAUGUUAUCGAAGAGAAUUGUGUAACAUACGUGAGUACAUAGAAUAUCUCUGAAAGUAUGCAUAGAUAGAUAGAUAGAUAGAUAGAUAGAGAGAGAGAGAGAUAGAUAGAUAGAUUAUUUAUAUGUUUUACACCGCAUUGUUAAUACUUAUGUAAAUUUCAAAUUGUCAAUAAAAAAGGAAGAAGGUGCAGAGAAAUCAAGGUAAGUCGAAUAGAACGGAAAUUUACAUGAUACAUGUAUCUGUAGUGUUUGUUUUGGGUAAUAUACCUUUAUCAAGGUCACAAAAACAAAACAAAAUCAAACAACGUAAGUUGCACACCAUUGGUUUUAUCGUAUUUGGAUUAUAACGAGUUAUACUGUGUGUUUUUUUAAUGUUAGAUUUCAACACUUUAUCAACACCACUUGUAUUGCAGGGUUGAGUGAUUUGACUCAUUAAUAUCCAUUCAAUCUUUGUGAAUGUUCUUUACGAAAAAUUACGAGGAAAAAAAAACUGCUACUUGAUCUAAUCAUAAAAAGUUUCCAUGCUCUCUGCCCAUGGUGUAUAGUUAUCGAAACUUUACGCCCACAACAUAUGAUUUCUCUAGAUUUUAAUAUACGAACACGCCUGGUGUAAUUCAAGUUGCUUUAUUGAAUUCAAAGUUCGAUUACUCUUAUUUGUUUAAUAUAUAAACAUGAAACGAUGACAAAUAAAGUUAUCUUCAUAAUAAAUAAAAACGACAUAUUUUCUGACUAUCCGGACAAUGGAUAGUUAAUGUAUCCCUCGAUAGCAAUUAUUUUUCUCGACGUCGCCGGGUGAAUUAGUUUCUGAUUUGGGGAAAUAUAAACUAUCUAUCGUCCUCAAAGCAGGUAAGUACGUAUAUGAUAUAAAUGAAUGUUUACAAUCUCUAAUCCGAUCUUACUUCAUGUCGCUGAUAUACGAAUCAAUUUAACUUACGGUAUUCAUUAUUUUAAGAUGUUUUUGCAAACCGCACUGUAUAUUUCGUGUACAAUUAAAAAGCAAAAAAAGGAGGAGAAGACCGUGAAUGGUGCAUGUAAUGCGCAAUGUAACAAUUAACAACAGAUUAGCUGAUAUCAUUUGAAUGAUGGCAGUUAGUGGAAAUGUAUGGUAAGUGAUGUUUUUCUCAGCAUGAUCAGAUAGAAAGUGAUACUUGGGAAGGAAUGAUAUUAUAUGUUGAUAAUUAAAAGGGAUUUUGAAAGAUGCACGUACGCACGUAUAAAAUAUCAUUUUGAGCACUGUACAGACUAUGACUAAAACGUAGGUUGUCAAAGGUAACAAAACAAAACCAAAAUUGAUAUUUUCGGUACAUAUUAGACAGUGAGGAUACCUAUAUAAUGUGAUAUCAAAUGUGACUUGUUGACAAUUAAGGAUGGUAUUGUUUAAUUGAUAGUAUUUGCUUUGACCCAGUCUACAUCUUUUUAGCGGAUUUAAGUUUACUGCGUAACUAGUGUAAAUUCCCCCCAAUGCAUCAAUUACCACUUUUACCAUAGACUUCAAAUUAUUGUUAUCUAU